AUGGGUCUCCUUUCCAAACUAUCCCAUAUCUACUCAACCAUCCAAGCACUCAAGAUCGAACUCACCGAAUCCAAAACUUCAUUCGACAAUCUCAAAUCCCGAGUCAACACCCCCAGUUUCCCUAUAUCAACCCCAACCCCCUCAUCCUGGCAAAAUGACCCAUUCCACUUCCCCCCUCAAUCCCUCCCGGACACAGCCGACAUAGUCAUCAUCGGGUCAGGUAUCUCAGGCGCAAGCAUAGUCUACACUUUACUAAAGAAAUGCCCAACCUCGAAGAUCGUGAUGCUCGAAGCACGAGAGGUCUGCAGUGGCGCAACAGGCCGCAACGGAGGCCAUAUCAAAUGCUCCGCUUAUCUAGAGUAUGCAUCUCUGAAAGCGAGAUUUGGGACUCGCGCAAAACACAUCAUCGAGUAUCAGAGACGGCAUAUGCCGCUCUUGUUAGGGCUGAUUGAAGAGUUGGGGAUCGAGGCGGAGGCAAGAGAGAUCGACACUCUUGAUAUCUUCACUGAUAGCAAGAUGUGGGAUGAUGCGAAGAAAAUGGUCCUUGAGUUAAAGGAGGAUUUGCCAGAUGUGCAAGAUAUCGUGGUUUAUGAUGGCGUGGAGGGGUGUCAGUGUUUGUGUCUGAAGAGGCUAGAGACUGACAGAAUCCAGGAGUUCAAUGUGAAUCCAGCACACUGCUAUGGAAUCAUCAAGUACAGAGCCGCAGCACUAUCACCAUACAAGUUCAUUACAUCGCUGUAUGCGAUUCUACUUGAAAAUCCCAACUUCGCAAUUUCACCCAAUACGACCGCAACACAGAUUGAAUACACCGAUAUCUUCACGGUCUCGACAACCAGAGGCCCGAUAAGUGCCUCGCAUGUCGUUCAUGCCACAGAUGGGUUCGCAGCAACGCUCAUCCCAGGCUUGAAAGGGAAGAUCUUCCCUGUACGCGGACACAUGACUUCGCAAUCGGGCAGUGCCUUCGACGCCUCGAGGUCGUGGUGUAUCCACCACAAGCACGGAUUCGACUAUAUAAGCCAGCGGCCCGGGGGCGAGUUAAUGGUUGGUGGGGGUAUGAUACAGUCCCCUGAGAGAGGGAUUGAUGAGUUUGGGAUCUGGAGGGAUGAUGGGCUUUGUUAUUCGAUCCGGGCGUAUCUUGGCGGUCUGGUGGAGACGGUAUUUGAGAUGAGGUCGAAGGUGGAGCAGGCGUGGACUGGAUGUAUGGGGUUCACGCCCGAUUUGUUGCCUUUUGUUGGCAGGUUGGAGGAGAGUAUUACGGGGAGGGGGAAUGGGGAGGGGGCGGAGUGGAUUUCUGCGGGCUUUCAAGGGGAGGGGAUGGUUUUUGCUUGGUUGUCGGGUGUUGCAGUUGCUUUGAUGAUUGCUGGUGAUCAGGAGGUUCGGAGUGAGGCCGGAAUUCCUAGGGGACGAGUUCAGGAUUGGCUGCCGAGGGAAUUGAUAUGUUCGAAGGAACGGAUUGAUCGGUUGAGCAUCUCUGAUUUAGGGACGCUUUUAUGA